CGAACCUCUCUUUCUUUUCAACACCGAAAAGAAAUUUGUAUAAAUCAUUUCAUUCCUCUACGUUUCCUUUCAUUUUCCUUUUACACCGUUUCCUCACUUUUGAAAAAAAAAAAUUACAAUCAUGCAGCCCGAUAACUCCCCGGAAAAUUCUCACUUGUACCGGUUUCUCGCUGAGAACGGCGUUUUCAACGUCGGACCAUACGGUUUCCCGGCAAUGCAAAGCUUGUGUAGUUCUUCCUCGUCGUCUUACCAUAAUUACCCCUUGGAAGGGUCUGUAAUUACGGAUAUGACACCACAGGAUAGAGCUCUUGCUGCUUUGAAGAAUCAUAAAGAAGCUGAGAAGAGAAGGAGAGAGAGAAUUAACUCUCAUCUUGAUAAGCUCAGGAAUCUACUUCCUUGCAACUCUAAGACAGACAAAGCUUCACUUCUUGCAAAAGUAGUUCAACGAGUGAGAGAACUCAAGCAACAGACCUCACAAAUUCCAGGGCUCGAAACCUUCCCAUCAGAAACCGAUGAGAUCACUGUACUUUCCGGCGAGUGUUCAAGCGAUGGACAGUUGAUCUUCAAGGCAUCUUUGUGCUGUGAAGACCGCUCUGACCUUUUGCCUGACCUCAUUGAGAUACUUAAAUCUCUGCAUUUGAAGACUCUGAGAGCUGAAAUGGUAACAAUUGGAGGAAGAAUCAGGAACGUCCUUAUAGUCGCUGCUGAGAAAGAUCACAGUAUUGAAUCAGUACAUUUCUUGCAAACUGCACUGAAAUCUUUACUUGAAAGAUCAAAUUCUAGUGAUAGGUCUAAAAGGAGAAGGGUAUUAGAUCAUAAACUAAUAAUCCAAUGACUAUGUAGUUUCUUUUCUUCCUUAAUUUUCCUUUCAUUAAAGCUUCAUUACCUAACUAGAGAAAAGAAAAGCUUGGUUAGCUUGGUUACAGUGUGCUUGUUUAAGAGGUCAGAAGGAUUCAAACUCUCCACCUAACAGGAGAAAAGAAAAGCUUCAUUGUUUGUAAAUGUUCCCUUUAGUCUUGUGGAAGCCGCAGGUAGCUCUAUGUUUAAGUUUGGAGGUUGGUUUGUUUGUUUUAAUGGAAACCCAGAAAUUAAAGAUGGAAAAUUUAUGUGCGUGUGGUAGGCAGCUAGCAUUUUGUUAACUAAUCUAGGGUUUUCAGAUUGUGGGUUAAUAUCCAUGCAUGUGAAUCUAUGAUCAAUUGCUUUGCAACGGGCUGGAGAUAAUAUGUUAGGUCAAUCAAAGAAUAUUCCUCUGUGCUGAUUCAGAAAUGAAUCAGAAGAAGAAGAUGAAGAAGAACACGUUGAUAUGUAAGCAUAAUGAAUGUGAUUUACGGAAACUCUGUAAAAGCAGAAACUUGUAUGAGUUUCUGAUUUGAAAAUAGGAGAUUUAAUAUUUGUAUCUUUUGUCUCUGUACUGGGAUUUCAAUGGAUUACCUCACUUUUCUUUUUUGAAA